UCUCACGCAAAGAGGUUCUGUCGCUUCCACAAUGUCCAGAUUUGGAGGCGCUGUAGUCAGUGUGCUGUUAUACAUUCUAUUCUGUAUUCGCUUGAAUGCGAGUGCCAAUGACCUCACCGCGGCUACAAGCAGUCCGAAAAGCGCAACAUGUUAUCAUGCCGGUUUCGCAGUGAUCUACGAGUGCAUUUUAAAAAAUGUCCACAUUGGAGAAACAGAGGCAAUUACGGUGGAUUACUUUACUGAUCACAAACGAGCCCACGAUGUAUCGCAUUUAACGUUUGAAAACUCAACGAUCAGCAGACUACCUAAAGCACUGCUUUCAGCAUAUCCGAAGGUUCGAGUCAUCACACUUAAAAAUCUGCAGAUAAAAUCGCUUGAGCGUGGUGCUUUCGAUCAAGGCGGACAAGUGAAGAUGGUGGAUCUGUCUUCGAACGCAAUCGCGCACCUUGAUCCGGAUGCAUUCAACGGUCUACCUUUGCUGCGAUUACUCAGCCUCAACGAAAACAACCUUACCCAUCUGCCGGUAGGUUUGUUUUCGUCCAACAAACGUCUGGUGUCGUUAACAAUGAUCAGCAACCACAUUGGUCGGAUCGAGGACAACACAUUUACCUACUCCCCGCAACAUGUUGAUUUCUACAACAACAGCAUCGAACACUUUGACCUCGAUCAAAUCGCUCAGGCAACCUCGAUCGAUGUAAGCUGCAACAGGCUCACAGAGGUCAAGAUUUCGGUACAGGUAGAGGCACUGGUGGCGUCAAAAAAUCGUAUCACGCGCAUUUUACCGAGAGGAGAAAACAAAAACCUUAAACUGCUGUUGCUUUCGCAUAACAAACUGCGCAAUAUUUCCUGGAUAUCGAUGUUCCCGGAGUUGGAAACCCUCGAUCUAGCGUACAAUGAAAUUGAAACCAUCGUUCCCGAGUACUUUCCACCGCAAACGAAGCUGGAAAAGCUGCUGCUGAACAAUAAUCGAUUGAUGAUUUUCGAUCUAACAACGGUUUCACUGGAGCAGCUCCAUGUGUUGGAUCUGUCCCACAACCUGCUAUCGUCGGUGGAGCGUAACAGUGCAUUAUUCGAUCGACUGGGCAAGCUUUACCUUCACAGCAACGGUCUCAAGACGCUGAUGCUAUCUGCCAACAACAACAUACAGGAAAUUCAAUUGGCUAAUAACGACUGGGACUGUGCGAACCUACGUCAUCUGCUCCAAGUAAUCAACGCAAGCGCUAUCUCGAGACGCGACGAAGCUUGCAAACCGGACUAUAUAAACGUUAGUGAGUUGUGCUGUAAAGAGCACGCCGCUUGAGUGAUGGCGAGGCCUACAAGUUCAGCUUGAAAGGGAUCACUCUUUUUUUUCUUUUGUUGGACAAUCAUUUGUGGGAAAGCAUUUUAAUGUUUUAAAGCUACAACCAUUUUCACCCCAAAUUAGCUAAUGCAAUAAAAACGAGUUUUUCAUUCUGUUUAUUAUCCAUUAUCUACACAUAAAGAAAAUGAAUAUGCUGUGUUGAAAAUUUUAACAAGAC